AUCGCUCCUCGCACGCGUCUCAGUACGCCGGCAGCUUUCUCCCUGUGCGUACGAAUUUGAACGCACGCAGCAACAAAUUGAAAAACAACAACAAAAUACAACAACAAAAAACAAAUUGCAAACAAACCAAAUUUAAACAAUACGCGAAAAAGUGAAAAAGAGCCGCUAGAUCAAGAUCAAGAAUUGUGUGCGCAAUGUGGACGCUAUCGUCGGAGAUCGUCAGAGAUCGUCAGGUGCGCGUCGCUUCGUCAUCAUCGCCAGUUUUUGGGGCAUUCCGUAAUGCCCUCAGUGCAGUGCAGUUAAACAAAUUUCUGCCAUCUGACAUCUACUGAGGUCCAACACGAAACGGCUUGUUGCCUGAUUUAUUCGCUCGUCAAAACUUUGUUCGUGCCCGUUACCGUCGCAUUUUUGUUGUUGACUUCUGCCCGAAAAUUUGUAUGAGCAAAUCAACGUAAUACCCGGCAAUAAAAAAGCUUAACUACCUGUAACUGAACCCGAACCCGAACCUUAACUGAACUGAACUGAAUUGUUGAGUAGAGCGAGCGAGCACAUUUGUUUGUGUUGUGUUGUGCUUGCGGCUGCGAAGCGAUAUGCGGUUAUUCAUGGUAAUUGCAAUCUUGAUAUUUGCAAUGCCAAUGACUGGAUUCGGUUGGGCCGAGGGCACAAACAUCUUACUCGAUCCAAAUCUAAUGUGCAAAAAGACACGUCGUCUGCGUGGCAAGUUGGCCGAAAUCUGCCGGCAUGAUUCCGCUCUACUCAAAGAGAUAAUCAAUGGCAUCAGUCUGGGCUUCCGAGAAUGCGAAUAUCAAUUUCGUAAUCGUCGCUGGAACUGCACAGUGCUGCGCAAGAGCAUGAGGAAAAUUUUAAUGCGCGACUCCCGCGAAACGGGCUUUGUGAAUGCCAUCACAGCGGCAGGUGUUACCUAUGCAGUGACCAAGGCCUGCACCAUGGGCCAGCUGGUCGAGUGCUCCUGCGACAAAUCCCACAUGCGACGCAAUGGCGGCCAGCCCCAAAUGGUGAACGCAGCAACGGCGGAAGCGGCGCUUGAGCGCCAACAGCAGGCGGCGCUGCUGCGCCAGCAACCACAACAGCAUCCUCCGAAUAGCACAGCAGGCAGCACAGCGAUGGGCAGGCUCAGAAAUCGAGCAAAUGGCGGCGGCAAACGUGGCCGUCGCAAAUUCUGGGAUAACAUUAAGUUCCCCUCGGGCGAAUGGGAGUGGGGCGGCUGCAGCGAUAAUGUGAACUUCGGCCUGCGACACUCGCGCGCCUUCCUGGAUGCUAAGCAGCGACAGCGACGCAGCGAUUUGGGAACGCUGGUCAAGCUGCACAACAACAAUGCGGGACGACUGGCCAUUCGGGACGCCAUGAGACUGGAGUGCAAGUGUCACGGCCUCUCCGGCUCCUGCACGGUCAAAACCUGCUGGCUGAAGAUGCCACCGUUUCGCGAGGUGGCAGGACGUCUGCGCGACAGAUACGACAAUGCCCGGAAGGUGGCCCUGCGGAACGAUGGCAACAGCUUCAUGCCCGACACGCCACACACCAAGCAGGCGAACAAAUACCAACUGGUCUAUGCUGAUGAUUCCCCAGACUUCUGCACGCCCAACCCGAAAACAGGCGCCCUGGGCACUCAGGAUCGGGAAUGUAAUGCCACAUCGACGGGGGCCGAUAGCUGCGAUCUGUUGUGCUGCAGUCGCGGCCACAAACAUCGGGUGGUGCCCGAGUCGACCAACUGCAAGUGCGUCUUCAAAUGGUGCUGUGAGGUGACCUGCGAGAAGUGUAUCGAACAUCGGGAGGUCAACACGUGCCUCUAGACACCACCAGGAUCGGAGAUCGGGGGGGAGAAGCGGAAGAAUAAGAAAGGAACCACUUAGGAGUAGUCGUAGUAGUCAUGAACAUUGAAAGCUUUCCAUUUCGCGUGAUAACCACAGUAACAAACAACGUUUUGCUGCAGUCCAUUCUUAAGUAUUAUCGAAAGUAUCUUAGCAGUUUGUAUAUAGCAUAGCGAUCUUAACCAU